CGAUAGGUCAUAACCGUCCCAUCUCUAAUUUUUUUCUCCAACACCAAACCUUCAGACUUCAACCUAACCCAACCCCCAGAAGGCCAAAACUGUACUAUAUGAGUUUAGGCGUAUAUAAAUCGGAUUGAAUUCACAAAAAUCAAGAACAAAAGAAGAGACAGAUAUAUAGAAAGAGAAUAAUACAUCAAACUAUCAUGAGCUAUCAGCCAGUUCCCCCAAAUUCCUACCCACCUCCAGGGUAUGGUACACAAUAUCCAGCGCCUACAGCACCACCACCACCAGGGUAUGAUGGAUACCCUCCACCUCAAGGGUAUAGUGGAUAUCCUCCACCACAAGGGUAUGGCGGAUAUGGUCAGCAGCAGCACCGACCUGAUGGGUAUCAGGGAUACUUCAAUGAUGGGUACCCUCCACCUCCACCUCCACCUCCCCCUCCCCCUCAGCCUUACCCACCUACCCAGGUUUAUCACUCUGGACACUACCAUCAUCAAGAGGAUGGUUGUUUCUCUUUUUUGAAAGGAUGUUUGGCUGCCCUCUGUUGCUGCUGUGUACUCGAAGAAUGCUGCUUCUGAGUCGCCUUGUUCUUUUGGGUUCUCGUUGAUAUGCAACGAUGGCUCUCUGAAUGUCAUGUUCGAUUACGAGCAACUUUGCCCGUGAAUCUUGAUAUCUGCUAUCUUAAAUUUGUGAAGAGAGCAUAUUAGUACAGGGAUCUCAGAUCUGUAUAUGUUGUGCCGUGUGAGGUGUACCGAAAAUUUGUAAGUAAUCCUAGAAUCUAUGAAAAUUCUUGCAUUUUCAAACAUUUCAAUGUGCCCAUUGUAUAAAUCUACCCAAGACCAUGUUUAAGUGCAAAUCAGCUCACUUUUUAGGAUUAAGUUUCAUCAAAAAAUACUGUCUUAAGAGAGUAAUAUUUAUCCUAAUUACUUACUAGUACUGUGUAUUUUACAUCAUUAGAGUUACUAUACGUCGUAUAUACGGAGUAUAUACAAGUACUUGUAUGUGAUACACGAACAUGGUGAAUUUGACGCAUCUUUCUUUCGGGGUGGUGUGACCGUGCAACUCUAGGAAUCUUCUUCUGAUCGACUAUUCGAAUUCGGAAUCAUGUUCCGGUUUUGGUACCUGUUCCUAUUCCAUGAUCUUUAGCCGAAGGGCCUCGGUGGUAUUCAAAGCAUCGUUAGGUGCUUGAGACUCGGACUUGUAGAGUCGGUCACUACUCAUAAAAGAUACUCCAUCUGUUCAUAUGAAAUCACAUUUAUUUUCAUCAAAUUUGUCGGAUACUACCCAAAGGAAAAGCAUUCACGUGGCUUAAUUUUGUUUUUCGAAAAGUACUAUGCAUAAAUUUAAUUAAACUCCCAAUUUAUUACCCCUAAAGUCUAAACUCGUUUUCAUUGAAGUAAAAACCCUAAUUGCAGAUUUCUUCCUAAAUUAACAAAAUUCUUCAUCUAAACUCUUAUAUGUCAUAUAUCCAUGAAUAGAUCUGAAAAAAUUGGCAAAAGGUAUUGACGAAGAAAAACAGAAUCUUCAUCUAAUCACAAAUAAAUUUCA